AUGGGUGGCAUGGAGUUGGCCCCGGCCGACUCACCGUCGCCACGCAGUGCGGCGAGUCUCGAGUCCAUUCGCUUGACUUCACGCGAACCGACCCCGACCUGCCCGCGGAGCCUGCCCCAGACCAUGGAGCCGACACCGCGCAUGGAGGGUAUGAACUUACCCAUGCCGACGAUCCCCCGGCCGCAGCUACUGCCGACCCCUCAGAUGACCCCGCAGCCGCAUGCUGCCUGCACUCCUGCUGCGAGUGUGACAGCAUGUGGAUCCCGCCGUCCAUCCAUCGGCACGGCAAUGUCCCAGGCGCAGAAUUUGGGAAUGGCGCGCUCGACUUUGGAUCAGCGCCCGCCGCUCUCGUUCUACCCUCGGGUGCAUUCCUACGAUGGCUACCCGGCCAUGGUUCGUCGGUCGUCACUGGCCCGGUCGACCUCGUCGGCCUCCUCGCCGGAUUCGAUGGUCUCGGAUGUGUCAACUGUCUCGACUGCGUCUUCCCGCUCCUCGCGGUCGUCCUCGGUCUCCUCCAACGCCUCAGGCGCUGGAAUUUUGGCCCCGCGGUUGGCCGUCAAGGCCACUUUGCGCUGCACCACCAACUCUUUGAAGGAGAGCCGCAAGAAUUUGACAAUUGCUUCUCCCGUUGAUGAGAGUGCCCUGGUCGAUCUCUACAACUCCCCAGAUGCGUAUCCCGGUGCUCUAGGCAGCGGCCCAGAUCUGUCGAGCUUUCCCCUCGACUCGAGCCUGAGCGAGGCUGCCCAGAGUCUCUGUGAGCUCUCAGGUGCGACACCGGAACGGCGCCAGUGCCGCAAGCGCGGGCGUACGGGAUCGGACGACCAGCUUCUCCAGAGCCACGUUCGCCAUCUGAUCGAUGCGGGUGCCUCCGGUCAUCCUUUCGUGCUUCCUGAUGGGUAUCUGGCGAACUCCUUCCUGGUUCCGGGCGCUUCCUCGCUGUCCGGACCCGCUGGUAUGAAGCGGGCUUGCUGCGGAAGCGAAGCGCGCAAGAUUGCUCUGAACCCGAGCAUCCGCGCCGACUUCCUGAACUGA